UCGAUAUAGGAACAACUACGCAUCUUUGAUAACGUAUUUAGAGUUACAUUAUAAUUAUUCCCACUGCAAACCAUCUUAAGAAAAAGAAGGAAAAACAACAAUUCGUUAAAAUAGGGUGAAAUAAACUCUAUAAAAGGAUACUAAAUGAUUACUGAAUCGUAUAUAGGAACUUUACAAGCUUUCAUGUGAUCUAAUUGAUGCGGACACAAGUACAUAUAGUGCCUAAAUUGUGUCUGAUAUACUGAGACUUGCUUUCAGAAUUAAUGAUUAACAAAAGUUCAUAUGAGCAUUGAAAUAAUUUGGAUUUGACAAACGUCAAAAGGUGCCUUCUUACUGGGUUUUGUUCAUCCUUAGAGCUGCGUGGUUCACUCUUUUGACAACAUUUUGUACCGAUAUGUUGUUGUAACAAAAGCUUCAUGAUGUAUAUCACAGCGUGGUGACAGAUUGCCUACAGACUAUGCACUAUGAUAAUAAAGUUGAUCACGUUUAUACGAGGUCAGAAUACGUGAUCCGUACAUAAACAGACUGCUGACAACAUGAACAUACCUUACUUAUGUAACAUCUUCACAACAACCGUUUUGUUCAUAUUAGGAUUAUUUCCUGUGACGUCGCACAGUUUGAUAGACGUUGAAUUUUUAGUCAUAGUUCCAUAUAGUCGUCAAUAUAAUAAACUUCCACAGAAAGUUACAAAAGAAAGUUUUCUAUUGGGCAAGAACAUAAGAGGAAUCUAUGACUUCAAAGUUGUAGGCAAAUUUCUACAUAAUGAAAAUCCAGACGAAAUUUUGAAAAUAUUUUGUGAAGACAUUUUCCCCAAAAAGAUCAAUACAGUUAUGUUUUUGAAUAUAAACCCAGAUAAAGGUUUUUCUGCUGGAGAUUACGUCAUGAGUUUAACACAGGAUCUUGGAUAUCCAUUUAUAUCAUGGGACCCUGAUCUAUCAUUAGCUUUACAGGAAGCGAAGAACACUCAUAUCCUACAGAUGGCACCAACAAUAUCACACGAGAGUAACGCCAUGGUUAAUUUAUUACUACGAUACAACUGGACAUCGUUUACAAUCAUCUCAACUACAUCUGUACAGUAUUUAGAUUUUUUUAAUUCCAUCGAGUUAUUGGUAAAAGAACACAACGAAAAUGGCCAUAUAACACGUCUAUCAAGGUUACAACUAUUGUCAAAGAUUCUUAUAGAUACCUCGUCACAUGAUGAAGCAAAAAUGAAGGUCAAUAUGAAGAGGGACUUGGUAAAGAACAAUGUAAAAGAAAACAGAGUAUUUUUGUUACAUUCAAGUUCUGCAGAGGCCAAAAAUUUAUUUGACUGUGCUACUGAAUUAGGACUGACCAGUAAAGAGUAUAUGUGGAUCAUAUCAUCUUCCAGUAUUGGUAACAUUGUGUCAAGAGCAAGGCGUGCUGCACCAUCGUAUCCACUCGGACUCCUUGGAUUUAAACAUUAUGGUGUUGACGGUCAAACAUUAGAAUCUGUUUUAGACAUAGCAUUGAAAACAUCAAUUUACGUAUGGGGAAUGGCACUGAAAAAUAUGGCGCCUUACAUUAAGAAUUAUACAAUUACACCUAAAAUGUCAUGUAACCAGUCCCAUUUGAACUUCUGGAAUGAUGGAUUAGCACUUUUCAGGCACAUGAAAAAUAUAAGAAAUGUUAGUUUUAUAAAUAAAGAUAUACCGCCGGUUAGAUUUAAUCCUAUCGGGUUAAACCAGUUCAUAAAACUAGUCAUCUACAACACACAAAGUAAAACAACGAACUUGAGAACAGAAAAAGUUUGGAGACAGGUAGGUAACUGGGUUCCACGACAGUCAGGAGGUAGAACUGAAAUGGAUAUUGAAAUGAAUGAUAUAACAUGGCCUGGAGAUAGUAAAUCACCACCAAAGGGGAAACCUGAUCGUCGUCAUUUCAGGAUCGUCACUUUAAAAGAAGAACCAUAUGUCAAGUAUCGAAAAUUAAAUUCAGAAAAGAAAUGCGGUCACCAUGAAGUACCAUGUCGUUUAGUGUACAAUCCUAUACAACACGGGAACGAUAGUACCUUAGCAAACGAAACAGUUUUACGAUGCUGCGCUGGGUUAUGUGUUGACCUUUUGAAGAUUCUUAGCACAGAGAUGAAAUUUGAUUACGAUUUUUACGAAGUCCCGGAUCAGACUUGGGGUCUUCCUGACCAGAUAACUGGGGAGUGGAACGGUCUUAUUAGAGAAGUUAAGGACCGGAAAGCAGACAUGGUUCUGACAUCUUUAAAAAUAACACCAGCACGAAAUGAACAUAUUGACUUUUCUAUUCCAUUCCUUGAGACAGGAAUAACAAUUAUUGUAUCCAUACGGAAGGGAGCUAUAUCACCUACUGCUUUCCUAGAACCAUAUGAUUAUCCCUCAUGGUGCCUAAUAUUGGUGUUCAGUGUACACGCAACAGGAGCAUCAAUCUUCAUUUACGAAUGGUUAAGUCCAAGUGGUCUUAAUAGAGGACGUACAAGCUUGCGAGAUCACAAAUUUUCCUUAUUCCGAUCAUUUUGGUUGAUUUGGUCUAUGUUGUUUGGAGCCUCGGUUUCGACAGAUAAUCCACGAGGCGUGGCCAGUAGAUUUAUGACCAAUGUGUGGGCUUUGUUCGCCCUGGUGUUCCUUGCAAGUUAUACUGCCAAUCUUGCUGCCUUCAUGAUAACAAAAGACGAGUAUUAUAAGUUAUCUGGUAUCACGGAUUGGCGGCUUAGAAAUCCUUAUUCUCUGAAGCCUCCCUUUAAGUUUGCUACAGUACCAAAUGGUAGUACAGAAGAGAACUUGAGACAGAAUCACAAACAGAUGUUCACGUAUAUGAAAACAUAUAAUAAACCCACUGUAGCCGAGGGCAUAGAGUCGCUGAAAGCACAGAAGAUCGACGCUUUCAUUUAUGAUGCUACACCAUUAGAGUACCAAGUCGGUAUAGACAAAGAUUGUAAUUUGAUCACAGUGGGGGAGAGAUAUGCAAUGACAGGAUAUGGAGUAGGUGUUCCCAAAGGAUCGGACCUAAUGGCUGAGAUCAAUGAAAUAAUAUUAGAAUUACAGGAAAAUGGGGAACUGGAACGUUUAAGGAAAUUCUGGUUAGCAGGUGCUUGCCAUAGGAAGCAAAAGCGAGGUCAACACAGUCAAAAUAUUGGCAUCUUAAAUUUCACCAGCGCUUUUAUAUUACUAGCUGGUGGUAUGCUUCUAGGAAGCUUACUCCUUCUUCUAGAACAUAUAUAUUUUAAAUUUGGCAGAAGUUGUCUACGACGUUAUGACAAAAGUGGAUGUUGUGCACUUAUUAGCUUAAGUAUGGGAAAAUCAUUGAACUUUGAACAGUCAGUCAGGGAAGCAUUAGAUAUACACCGAAAACACAAAUGUAAAAAUGCUGUGUGUGAACUUCAGAUAUGGAAAACAAAGCACGAGUUAGAUUUAUCAUUGUUAAAAGUUCAGAAGCUACAAGACCAACUUCGAGCUGUGUCUGCAGUUAAAGGUGCAUGUCGAGAGAAUCAUAAACUAAAUGGUGCACCUGCAUUAUCAUUAAACAGACAUGUACAGAUUCAUAAUGAUAUCGAAAACAAAGUGAAAGAGGAACAUUAUCCUUGUUCAUCUAAUGAAGCUUUUAAACAAAGACAUAUUAGACAUGGUUCGGAUGAAUCGGUAAAAGUACAAUUAACGAAUAUUGACAAUCCUCGUUGGAACAGACGAUCAUUAAAACGUUCCUCUAGUUAUACGAAUGCUGUGAUGAUUGAUCUUCCUGAAAACAGCCAAUCACAAAUAGCCAAAUACGAUAAUGGUCACUAUUAUGUAAGACUUCCAACACAAAACCCGGAUGAUUCUAUCACGUGACAUGUGUCGGUAAAUUACACAUUGUAAAUAGAUUGAUAUGCUUUCUGUUUUAUGCAUAUAUAUUCUGGUGAAAGUUCAUUUGAAAAGAAUUGUCAAAUAUAAAAUAAUAAGCAAUACGAACUGCCAAAAGAACCUGCUUUUACUCAAAAUUCAGUUUCUUAUCAAUGGAGGUAUCGUGGUCAAAGUACAUCUGUGCUCAUCUUACUGAUCAUUAAUACACCAUGUAAACUUUGAUAAAAGCUUUAUAAAAAAGCCUCGAAGUUUCUUUGGGUUGACAGAAGAAGCUAUAUAUUACGAGAUCGGAAUGAUCGUCAAUUGAUUUGAUUUAAAAUAAGUACUCUACCUUUUGUUUUGGUUUGGAAGCAAUAACCACACUUUCGUUUUUAAGGAACAGUCAAUUGUUCUUCGAUCUUUGUAUCUUUAAAUCCUAGGAUUUUUCUAUUUCUUAUGUAUAAAUAUUAUAGUCCCAGCAGAUGCCAAAAAUUGCUCCAUUAGCAAUCAGCCUUUGAAGCAACUAUUAAAGACAUUUUUACUAUUUCAUGUAAGUCCUCAUCAUAAUUGUGUUAGCCGUUAUAACAUGGAAGGAUUCGCCUUCACAUAGCUAGAAUCACAACAAAACAGCUGAAGAAGAUAUUUACUCCAAUUAAUCUAGUACCAAUGUCAUUGACGAAUAAAACAAAAGAGGGUAUGUAAAUAAAACGAUUUAACUAAACGAGAUUGUCAUUGUAAAAAUAUCUUUUCUUUCAUUACAAAUAUAUUUAAUAUUAGU